AUGUCAGGAGAUAGUCAUUAGAAUGGUCUUGAUCAUUAUUUAAAUGAACUCAAUAAUUAGAAUUUAAUGUAAGUAAGGAGACCAAAUGAAGAGUAGAUAUUGGCAUUUAUUGAUUUUGAAGGUAUUAAACCAGAUUAAGUAAUCUAACAUAAAACAUUUCCUGAAAAUCAAAAUGAAAAUAAAAGAAAAGUAAGUAAAUCAACUUAAUAAAUUCGUCGGAAUAGUUUAGAUUUAUCUGAAGUAUCUCCUUUGAAACAAUCUCUUAGGGAUGAUUUAAUUCUAUGUGAUAGUCCAAAUAUAGAAUUAAAGAAAUUAGGAGAAAUAGAUGAUCAUAGAAAAAGUAAAUCUAUGAUUAGUCCUGCUAUUUAAUCAUCUAAAUCUCCAAAAAGAAAAAGUAAACAUUUUUCUAAGAUUUUUUCAAAAUUAACUAAUCGAAUGAAUUUGGCUAAGAAAUUCAUAUAAAAUAUUAAAUAAUUAUCUCCAUUUGCUAAGAAAAUUUCAAAGUCAUAAUUGUAAUUAAUAUAAGAUUUAAGUUCUGAUAUUAGCAAUUCUAAUGAGAAAUACAACAAUAAUAGUUUUAUUAAGAUUCAUGAUAAAUCUAAAUAAAAGAAAGUAUUAAAAAGAAUGGAGAGUAUGAAAGCAUUUAUUGUACUUAGGACUUAUUUUAGUGUUUGUAAAAUUUAGAUGAUUUUUAAUAAAUUAAGAAAAGAAACAAUAGAUCCUUAAGGAAAUUUUUUAUUUUUUUGGGAAUUAUUAAAGUUCUUUGUUACAUUAGCAUCUUUAUUUCAAUUAUCAAUUCAAAUAUGUUUUAAUUUGAAUGUUUUGAAUUGGUUUUUUAUUUCUGAGAAAGAGAAUUCUUAAAAUAUACUAAUUUUAAUGUUUAUUUAUUAUUCAUUUGAUAUUGUUUUAGGAUUUAGAACAGGAUAUUAUGAAAAUGGAGAAGUUGUAAUAAAUUAAAAGAGAGUUGCUAGAAGAUAUAUAAGAAAAUAUUUUUUUGUUGAUUUAAUAUCAAUAAUACCAAUAUUCAUUAACAUAAUUUUAAUAUAAUCAUUUGAAACAGAUAAUACAAUAAUUAGAAUUGUGAAUUGUUUAUCAUUUCUAAGAUCUAAUGCAUUAAAUAGAGUAUAUCAUUCUUUAGAAGGAAGAUUAUUAAGUAAUCCAAGAUUUGUUAUUGGAUAUCGAUUUUUGAGUGUUAUAGGAACUGUAUUUUUAUAUGCUCAUGUAUUUGGAUGUCUAUGGUAUGUAGUAGCAUAAAAUAAUUAAAAUAAUUGGAUAAAUAAAGCAGGAAUAGUUGAAGAUUCUUGGUUUGCACUUUAUAGUUAUUCAAUUUAUUGGUCUGUUAUGACUAUGACUACUGUAGGAUAUGGUGAUUUAACACCAGCAAAUCAUGAAGAAGCCUUAUUUUGUGUUUGUACUAUGUUUAUUGCAAGUGUUGUAUUUGCAUAUUCAAUCAAUACAAUAGGUAUGAUUAUUACUGAAAUGAAUAAAUUUGAUGUAAAAAUCAAUGAAAAUAUGGCAAUUAUAAAUAGAUAUAUGUAAAGAAAGAAUUUUGAGUAGUCAUUAUAAUUUAGAGUAAGAUAAUAUUUAUAGAAUCUAUGGACUUAAGAAGAGAAGUUUCGGAUUGUUGAUGAAAAUAAGAUUAUAAAUUGUUUAAAUCCAACAUUAAAAGAAGAAAUUUAGAUUUGUUUAUAUGGUUAAUUUAUUACAAGCAUUCAUAUAUUUUAUAGAUAUUUUAGUUAAGAAUGUUUAUUAGAUUUGACUAAGAAUGUUUAAGAAUAUAGAGUUGCUCCAAAUUCAUAUGUAAUUGAAAAUGGAACUCAUGAUGGAAUUGCAUUAUAUUAAUUAGUUAGUGGAGAAGCUGAAAUUUUAGUUGAUCUUUAAGACAGAAAAUUCUAUAUUGGAAAAUUGAAAUAGGGAGACAUAUUUGGCCAUGGUCCAUUCUUUAUGAACAAUGUUCAUCCUUAUAGUAUUAAAACUGAUACAGCUUGUUCAUUUGCUUAUUUAUCUAAAUAGAUGUUUUUAGAUAUACUUCAAUCUCAUCCUAGAGAUUAUGUAAUAAUUUAAAUAAUAUAGUAAACCUAUAGAAUGAUUAUUGAUUAAUGGACAUUUCAAAAUUAGAAAUUAGAUUUAGGUGUUAAAUGUUUGGGAUGUGGAGAUACUUAUCAUGAGAUAGAUUAAUGUCAUAGAUUACAUUUAAUAAUAAAUAAAUAGAUUUUAUUAGCAAAACAUUUGUUUUCAGUUCCUAACAAAAGAACUUUAUUUAGAAGAAAUUGCAGAAGAACUACAAAUGCUAAAUUUGGAUAGAGAUUAUUUGAAGAUGCAGUUUCAUUAUUUUAAGAAAAUAAUUUUUCUUUCUCUUCUGAAGAAGAAGAACCUAAUCCUAGUUAAAUAGAAAGAACACACUAAACUAAAUUGACUUAAGAAAUUAGAUAUUAAGAACCUACUCAUAAUACUCAUAGAUCAUAAUAACAAUAACAUUAGCAAUCUAAAAAUGUGAGAUUUAGAAAAAGAUCUAGAUCUUUAAAUUCUAUAAGUGUUCAUUCAGAUGAAGAAUCAAAAUUUCAGAAAUCCAUGUCUGGCAUUAAAUCGAAUGAUUCUUAAGUAGAUAAAAUUAGUGCUAUUCCUGUUAAAGUAUAAUAACUACCAACUUCUUAAUUAUCUUAAAGUUCUUUUAAUGUAUUUUUGAAAGAGUACCCAAAAAGAAAGAUAUCAAAAUAGUAAGAUUCUGAUAAAUAUUCUAAUCAUUCUAUUGGAUAAAGAUAAUAGUAAUAAUAGUAAAAUCAUUAAUAAUAAUAAUAAUAAUAAUAAUAAUAAUAAUAUUAACAUAAAUUAAGCAGUUAAUCUAGUAGUGGUAAUAUCCCCUAGAGUAGUAUUGGAAUUCCUCCUGUACCAACUGGAUCUCCACCUAUGCUUUAUUAAGAUGAGAAAUUACCUUUUUAAAAAGGAGUUGUUGAAGAUAGUUUAUUUGUUGCAUAGGAGAGGAAAAAGAAGUCUUAAAUUGGUACAAGUUACUCUAAUACUAAAUCUAUAAAAAAUCCACUUUAGGCUAUACCAUCAGUUAGUGAAAUGAAUGAAACUGAAAAAAUUAAUAAUUUAAAGGAAGCUUCAUAUACAUCUAAAUAAUUAUCAAUGUAGAGUAGAUCUAGAAGUCAAAGAUACACAAUAUCAAUACGUACAGAAAGUUAGAAAAUUCGAGAAGACACUAAACAUGAUACAACAUAGAAACAUGAUUUCAAGAUUAAAACUGAUACAUAUAAAUAAUAUCAUGAGAAUAGUCCCUUAAAUGAAGAAUAAUUCCACAAUACAUUUGAAUAAGCAUGUAAUUUAAUUUCAUACUACCCUCAAUAUAAUAAGGAUAGGAUAAUAGAAAAAUAUAAAAGAUAAUAAUAUAAAAAAAGUGCAAAUUUAUAUUAAUUUAAAUUUUGA